CAGAACUGUCGCUGCUGAGACUCCUGUUCACACGUUCACCAUGACCACGAAGAUUAUGAUCCUGGCUCUGGCCGCCCUCGCCGUCCUCUGCCUCGUGGACGACGCCCAUGCCGCCGUGACACAUCGCCACGCCCUCCAUCCCGCCCACCGCCCCUACCACUCCCCAUACUACCAUCACUACCCGUAUCGCUACUACCCAUACCGCCAUUACUACGCCCACCCUCAUCCCCACGCCCUUCACCCCCAACCUUACGCCCUCCACCCUCACCACCAUGCUCAUGCCACCAGCUACGUCCAUGUUAACCACGGAGCACCUGUCAGGGAGGCAGCCGAGGAGGAGGUGGAGGCGCAGGAGUCUUAGAUAUUCGAUCGGGGCGCAGAGGAGUCUUGGAUCCGAGUCUUAGCUCUGCCUCAGACUCAGGUCUUAGACUCAAGUGUUUGAGGACCAGAUCUCGUAUGAUGGUGCCUGCGGAGUCCAGUAGAGGCUGCAGUCACAGGUACAGCUGAUGUGACUGUAACUGCAGUGCUGACUGGCGUCUUCGAAGGACACGACAGGAAAAUCAGGACAGGGAGGGAGAUGGUGGAGCGUCUGCGAUGUUCGGACGCCCAUCUUGCCCUCCACAGCAGCGACCUUCUUUAUUAUGAACACUGGAGACAAUAAACUUUUCAAAGAACUUA